AUGCCUGGCCCGGCGGCGGCAGCUCCCACGCGCGAGGCGACCGAGCUGGCUGCAGAGCGCGGUGUCGGUCCCGAAGAGGCUGACCGGCAGCAAGCCGCAGGGCCCGCCGCCAGCUUGCCGACACGGCUGCCGCGCAAGCUAUGCGGCGGCGGGCAGGCACGCAUAGACUUCAUGCAGAAGGGGUGGCAAGCCGUCGGCCCGUGCUUCUCAACCGACGAUGCUGCGCUGGAGUCCAUGCCUGAUCACGGGGGUAACAGCGGGCGGUGGAAGCGAGCGCCGACCGGGCGAGGCACCAGCAGCGCACGCAAGUUCAUCUGCAACGCCCAUCGUGCGUGCGAGGUGCACGCGCUGCUGCGCGAGGAGAGUCUUGGCUGGCAGUGGCACAUCUCGCGGGGCGUCGCACACACCUCCACCUGCACGCACGGUCCACGCAGCAACUCCGCGCUCAGCUGGGAGCAGGCGGCGGGGCUGGCGUUCCAGGCGCUGCUGCAUAAUUUCACCAAGGCCGGGUGUGCCGUCGUCGGCUGUAGCAACGACAGCGUCGAGAAGAAUAAAACCUUCUCUGAUGCGCAGGGUUUCACUUAUCCGCUCCUCUGCGACGAAGACCUCUCCGUGGCGGCUGCAUACGGUGCGGCAUUGAGCGCGGAGGAGGGCGGCCCGAAGGCGAAGCGCGUCGCGGCGCUGAUCGACAAGGGUAAGCUCAUCAAGUACUUCGACCCGGCAGGCAAGGGCGAGUUCCCUUGCCAAGCGCUCAAGGUAGUCGAGGCGCUCAUCUAGAGCGACGCGAUAGAGGAGAUCAGAUUGAACCCAGGAGGAGACCACGCGUGCUUCGCGAAUGACGGCGUCGCCCGUAAACCGCGCCAUCACCCAAAAACCUCCUGGGUUGAAUGGGUAGGCGGCGGGUGACGCCUGAGACUGCACGGCAAGCGUCAUGUUUUUAGAUCUGAAGAGCGUGUGCGAAGAGGGAGCCGGCAGAUCCGCACAAAAACCAUCUCCAUCACUGUCUCGUGUCUGUCACGGGGCAUUCAGCCAAAAUGUGGGGGGAGAACCAUUUCGCAACUGCGUCCAUAUUACGUACCUGCGGUACCCGGGAGACAGGAGUGGGAGUGCUUAAC